AUGAAGAGAGUUGCCGGCACCGGCGCUGUAGCCGAAGCAGUCGCUGGAAACGUUGAUAUUCUGAUGGAGAUACUCCUGCGAGUGCCUGCCAAACCACUGCUCAAAUUCAAAUGCGUUUCGAAGCACUGGUUGACUCUCAUCUCCGAUCCACAAUUCUGUCGCUCCCACACUCUUCGCCACCACAUCCCUCACGCCGUCCCUAGCGCCCUCCUCCUCAACAAUAAUUACAGACCUUCUCCUCACUUCCAAAUCGUCCCUCUCCGAACUUCCAACUCUUGUUCACCUGUUGUUCGCAUUCCCUAUUUUGAUUACCUCAACGUUCCUCGCGUUACCAUUCUUCAAUCAUGCAAUGGGCUGCUUCUUUGUUCCUCUGGCUUCCUCAUGCCGCUGGAAGAACACAUGUCUGUACCCUGGGCCUCCUAUUUCCCCUUCCCUACCUCUGCCGACUAUUGUGCUUCUGUUGUGACCGACGAUGACUGUGGCUUCAGGUAUUUUGUCUGCAACCCCACCACCAAGCAGUUCGCUGUCGUUGCUUUGCCAGACCUGGAAGUUAGGAAUAACUUGAUAACGCUUAAUUUGGCUUUUGACCCUUCAAGAUCCCCGCACUAUAAAGUCAUUUCAAUCUCAUCGGGAAUUUCAGGAGUUACCGACGACGGUCCUAGCCUUGAAAUUCGAGUGUAUGCUUCGGAGACUGAUUCUUGGAGCGAACGUGGUGUUUGUUUCAUUGCUCCCUUCAGUUUGGCCAUUCAUGCUGGUGUUUACUGCAACGGUGCCAUUCACUGGUCCAGCCAAGGUGAGGAUUCUGUGUAUUUUGAGGUGGACAGCCAGUGCGUAAAAGCUCUGCCAAUGCCACCAGUUAGCGAUGAUUGGGAAUACUGGAAUCUUGCGUAUUUUGGGGAGUCCAGGGGUCAUCUGCAUAUGAUAGUGAUGGAGCCUCAUCAACGUGUAGUGUUUGAUAUUUUGGAGAUUAAUGAAGAUUACUCUGGGUGGUCUGUGAGAUACCAUGUGGAUCUCGCUCCGAUGCAGAAUUCAUUCCCGGAGCUGAUUUGGUAUUUCAAGAAAAAGAAUGAAUCCUUUUCUAUCUUGUGUGUUCUUCGUCAACCGAAGGAAGAGGACUCCUUGGUCGUGUUGCUCGUGGAUGGCAGAGUCAUGUCCUUUAAUCUGGUGAAUCAUACUUCAAGGCAGCUCUGUGAUUUAGAGCUCUGUGUCAUGCCUGAUGGUUGCGCUCCAUUUCCUCAUGAACGCAGUGAAGCAUUUCAGUACUUUGAGAGCCUUUCCAUUCUUGGACCACCAACCGCAUGA